AUGGUCGCUCCUUCUCUACCAUUGGAAUUGGUCUUUAAAGUUCAGGACCACGUCUUCGAGUCCGUGAAGGCGCUACAUGGACGGUACUGCUGCCCCCUAGGAUCGGCGUUAAACUCGAGCACCAGUCACACCUCUUCCCACUGCCGCUCUUUGACAGAGGAUGUCUACAAUUUCUCCCUGGUGUCGCGCUCAUUCAGAAGCCGCUCCAUCUCGCACAUUUUCCACAAAAUCACUCUUAGAAAGCCGCACGACCUUGUGGAGGUGCACCGGUUCUUGGAUUCGCUGGUUUGUGCUCCGAGCCCUCCAGUGGAUUCCCCCGUAUCGGUCGUCAAGGCUAUCACUAUCGACUUCGAUAUCGACAAAGAUUCAGAACAAGAGGAAUUGCUCGCACCCCCGUCCCUAAUCCAGCUUUAUGCCUCGUCCAUCACUGAAUACUUGGUGAAAUGGACGACGGAGAAGUCGCUACAAGAGAUUAACCAAGACGCCAUUAUUCAAGAGUGGUUGAUCGUCCCUUUCACUUUUCGAAAUCUCAUCGAGUCCGCCGUAGCAAAACAAGGGUCCCUUGUCUCCCUCUCCUUACAUCGCAUAUGCUUUCCACGCCGUACCCUGAACCGCAUUUGGUCCCCGCAGCUCAGAUAUUUGGAACUCAAGCCCCAAUGGUAUGGCAAGGUCCUACCAAUGCAGUGGCUCUCCGAGGACCAAUGGAACGAUGUAGUUUGGGCUCGUGAGCUGGAUCUGGGCGCUAUAGGUCAGCGGACGAGAGCUCAGAUUAGUAACGAGUCCACGUCUGUGGACGUAUCGUCAUCUACCAUUCGGUUCGACACCAGGGUACUGAAAUGUGAUGCCAGUUAUUGGGUUCUUGAAUACCUCGAAGGUUCAAACACGCUCUCGUUUCCCAACGGCCUCCGACUCUCAUUCAAGUUCCCGCAUCUACAUACGCUGGAUCUCGUAGAUGCAUGGGUGCCUAGCCUUGGCCACGAAAUAGCCGACCAAUUCCACCAAUGGUUGGUCAAGCUGGACGCCCCUAAUCUGACAACAAUCCGCCUCUCGUCCCAUUGGCGAUGGGUCUGGUUCUGGGCUGUAGCUUCUUGCUUCAGGCAUGUCGAGCUUGUCCAACGGCCUACACUGAACGAAAAGGAUAGAUUCCCACUUGGCUACUUCGUGAGGAACGGGCCUCAAAACGCAAGUCGCUCUGGGCUAAACACGGAGAAAAUACAAUCGAUGACUGUCAUCUUCUCAAAUGACUGGAACCGUGGAGCGCGAGGUGGAAUCAUUGGUGCUGGUGCGAUGGAUGCUUUCCUUUCACCGUCAGAAAAGGAGAUCGGCUGGGAAAUUCUUUCCGGCGUUGUGCGCAAUCGUACAGGGUUCCCAAGCUGGCGCUGCCUCACUUUUGAUCUUAGGCAACUGGAGGGUCUGAGAGGGGAGGAGAUAGUGGAGUUGGAACGCGAAAUAAUCGGUCGAUUACGUCCAGGGAACGACUUCGCUGUUCGAGUAGUAGCAGCCUACGGGGACAACUGA